AUGCGUCGCCAUGUCCAACAUUCAGCGAUUUUGCUGUGCCUCCCGAGCGCAUGUACUGGGCUUCAAUCGGAAGACCCACCGGCUACAGUACAGUUCGACCUCGUAUUCCCCCCCCCCCCCCCCCCCCCCCCCCCCCCCCCGCCUUACUCCUUGAUCACGCCCUACUACCCAUCAUCCGUCAUCUUCGCGGUUCACAACUUCUCCGCCAUCGGCCAAAAAACUGUCUUCUGGAGGUGGAACAUCACUGAUGGGUUCGACACGGCAAGGUAUGAACCACGCAUCAUCGUGGCCUCCGGUAAAAGUCGACCCGAUACCAUUGAGGUAGAACUUUCCCCCGUUAUUUUGCUCACGAUCGAGCUUGUUUCGCUAUUAUGGAACAAUACUCUGGAUGAUUUCCGUCUGAGCUACACCUUCGGUCUGACGUACGCCUGUGGCAAUACAACCGGGCUGCCGCCAGACAGCCCGGAUACCACUGUGCGAUUUGAGCGAGAGACCAUGUUUGGACUAUUAGGAAACUACUCAGACGAAGACAACGACUCUAUAACGCUCGCGAGGAAGGGACGCUGCGGCAGACCGAUUGGGUCUAUCGGAGUUCAGAAGCGGCCCUUCAACAAUUCGGAGCAAGCAUGUCAGGUUCUCAACCCCUGCAUAAAGCCCACGAAAACGUGUGCGCUACCCAUUGAUGCAAGAGUGACGGAACGAGCGGAGGCUGUAAUGUCCGAAGCAGCUUCCUGUACCAAUCUGACAUGGCCGGACACUAUCGGACUCAUGGGUAAUUGCAUAUCUCAGGAGACUGGGAACGAUGACAUGAGGGCUGGUGUUGGUAUCGUCGACCCGGGUGCGCACCCAGGGUGCACAUUGUGGCACGAAAACCUGGACAACAACAUUUCUUGUUGCCUCGUCGCGUACUUUUAUCUCAUUACAACCCCUGAAUUGUUCGCGUGGAACCCCUCCCUUACCAGUGAAUGCGGGAAUUACCAGGUUGGCCGUAGCUACUGUGUUGAAGUUGGUACCAAGAUCAGUUCUUCUACAACAACUUCAUCGAUCAGGAUAUCUCCGAUUGCCUCAAGUUCCAAGCUGUCUUCCACGCCAGGCCUUCGUUCUCCCACUACGUCGCCAGUUACCACAACUGCCCCCGCAUCUUCUUUCGCACCACCAAUGACUACGUUAUCUGCGACAUCAGGCGUAGCGUCUUCGACGUAUUCUUGGAACGGAAUCGCUACACUCCGCUACUACCCAUACUGGAGCUUACAACAAGUCAGAUAUCAACAUGAAGAGAUGCUUGGUGACCUCUCGCUUGUCGUCUUGCAAUACAUAACCGACGCAAACCGGCAGCACGUCCUCCUCUUCCAAAAGCAGCAACUCGCGCUCCACCUUACCUACAAAGACGAAAUGGCUAUUACCACCUCUUCCCCAAGAGCCGCGCUUCGAGCCCGGCGCUACAGAAAUGAACACCACACCCUCGGCGCCGAGAGGACAGAGGCGUUCAUCGUCGAAGCAAACCAACUCUGCCCCCCAAUCACCCGCAACGCGACCAACCUCAUGCAAGCCAAGCUGCCGCGCGAACUCCGCGACAUGAUACACGGAAUCUUCUGGGCGGAACUGGAGCCCUGGCGUAUCCGUUGGAUAUGGUGUGCUGCUCCGGGGUUCUCCGAUGACUGCAACGACGAAGAAGCGCAUAGUCCGAUGUCGCUUUCGGGGUUUGAGGAACAGCGCCGCGAUGUCAAGGUGUACGAACCGGAUAAGGCGUUCUUCAACACUGUGUACUUCAACAAGGAGAUUCUGUUAGAGUUGGCCGAAGAUUGGUAUUAUAAGUUUGGGCUGUUUGUUCCGGAUCGAGAGCAUCUUGAGUCGUUUCUGGUGCAUGGUGGGGUUAUGAGUGUGGUAUAG